AUGCCUUGAAAGUGGAAACGCGUCCAAGUUAGCUGUUGACGGAAGAACACUACGCAGGCCCACUUUCAAUACAAUUUCGAGACUGUCAGUACCUAUUAACGUGGGUUGGGCUAAAAUUAGUCGAAUAUCAAUUCCAUCGCUAUCCUGCAAUUGGUGAGAAAAAGGGUUUGGAUUUAAGUUUUUUGGAACCCACAGAGAAUUUCUUGUUAACGCUCCAGGUCCGGGCAGUUCUACAUGGUUCAUGUUUGUAUUGCAAAUCCUUGUCGAGCUGUUUUAACGAAUUGGACGGAAAACUACGAGUUCAAAUUCCAACGCAGAAAAUUCCAGCGCACGGAUGGGGGGUGAAAACAUGACCUAGCAACCAACGUGUCUGGUCAUGAAAUAAGUUGUCCACCGGCCGCCUAAGAGUUAGCUGUUCCUUGAGCGGAAAUAACUUCGCAGUACCGAUUUUGGGUGCUAUAAAGUUUUAUUACUUGUUGACUAAAUAUUUGUCGACAGAAUAGCCUACAUGUAAGGAAAGGGUGUUUUACAUGUAUGCACGCAUAGUGCGGUGCGUUGUAUUUAAAUGAAGGUAAUUCAAAUCCAGGAUCUGAAACGUAAACGGAAAGGGGAAGACAGCUGGCAACCAGACAACGGGCUGCGCAAAACUGUCUACAAGACUCUCUCUGUGUCGCUCUCUCUCCCUCCCUCUUUCUCUCUCGCUGAUAGAGGCGUGUCUAGAAGGGGUAGGAAUGUAGCUAUCACGCGUCUUACCUGUAUUGUAGAAGGAGCGUGGUUGCGAGGCGGACAUAUAAACAUUCGCUGCUGAUUUUAGAGCCAUAAAAAAACAAUCAGUUGGGCAUGGAGAGAACCGACCGCAGGCGACGGAGCCUGCAGGACUUCAGGCGGAGAGAUUCUCUCAGAAUCCCGGCCGGAAGUAUGUGGCAGGACCCCCUGGCCAUCGAGCUGAGCAGCGCAAAUAAAGGAAUCGUCUCGCCGCGCACUCGGUCGAGGGCAUUGUCGGUGGUUUACGUCGUGGUCGAGGACGCGUCGCUGCCGCAGACCGAGGAGAACCUGUCGCUGAAGUGCCUGAAAGAAGCGUGCGCCGACGCGCGCGCUGUCUUCAAAACUAUUCCCUUCGAAAGAAUUGCGCUCGGGACUACGGAUAUUCUGGAUAGCUUUUAUAAUGCAGAUGUCGCCGUCGUGGAGAUGAGCGACUCCUUUUGUCAACCCUCGCUGUUCUACCACCUUGGCGUGAGAGAGAGUUUCAGCAUGACCAAUAACAUCAUUUUGUAUUGCAACAAGCAGGACAACGACCUGCAAGCGCUGAAGGAGCAGUGUGGGAGCUACACCUUCCUGCCGUACGUGGUGUCCCCGCAGGGGAAGGUGUUCGCCUGUGAUGCUGGGAUGGCCACCAGCAUUAAGGAGCUGAUGAGGCCCAGCUUCAAACUGGAGCCCCUGCUCACCCCACUGGUGGACCAGCUCGUCCGGCUGCUGGACAGCGUCCAAAUAAACUUCAGUGAGUAUUUCCGGGAGUCCGUCCGGCAGGAGAUCCGGACCGCGAGGGAGCGCUUCAGCGGGAAGGAGCUGAGCCGGGAGCUGGGCCGGAUCCAGAACCGGCUGGACACCGUGGAGCUGCUCAGCCCCGACAUCGUCAUGAACCUCCUGCUGUCCUACCGGGACGUCCAGGACUACGAUGCUGUUAUUAAGCUGGUGGAGACCCUGUCGAACCUCCCCACGUGUCUGGUGGCCACCCAGCAGAAUAUCAAAUUUCACUACAUUUUUGCACUGAACAGGAGGAAUCUGGCGGGCGACCGCGCCAAGGCGCUGUCCAUCAUCCUGCCCAUCGUGGAGUCGGCCGGGCGGGUGCCCUCCGACGUGUACUGCCUCUGCGGGCGCAUCUACAAGGACCAGUUCCUCAGCUCCGGGUUCUCCGACACCGAGAGCCGCGACCUCGCCUGCUACUGGUACGCCAAGGCGUUCGAGGGCGAGCCCACGCUGCACUCCGGCAUCAACAGCAUGGUGCUGCUCAUGGCGGCCGGACACGAGUACGACACGUCCUUCGAGCUGCGCAAGAUCGGGGUGACUCUGAGCAGCCUCCUGGGCCGGAAGGGGAACCUGGAGAAGAUGCAGGACUACUGGGACGUGGGACUUUACCUGGGGGCGAGCAUUCUGGCCAGCGAGCACAAGAAGGUCAUCGAGGCGUCCGAGAAGCUGUACAAGCUCAAAGCGCCGCUCUGGUUUGUGGGGUCCAUCAUGGAGACAUACCUGAUUUACCGGCAGUUUUCCAAGCCGCCCGAGGUCCAGCGGCCGAAGCAGGAGAUGGUGGACUUCUGGAUGGAGCUCAUGCUGCAGACCUGCAAGCCCACGCUUUCCACCGCCCGCUGCCCGGUUCUGGUCCUGGAGCCGACCAAAGAGUUCCAGCCCGCCCUGGUGAGCGUGAGUGAGGAGGACGAUGGCCGAACCGUGCAGAUAAAACACGUCACUACACACAAGAAAGGACUGCACGAGUGGACCUUCCCCGCCGCUGCAAUUCGGGGAGUGAGCGUGUCAAAGUUCGACGGGAGGUGCUGCUUCCUGUACGUGCUGUACAACUCCGACGACUUCCAGCUCUACUUCCCCAGCGAGCUGCACUGCACCGGAUUUUGUGACCUGGUGAACUCCCUGGUCCAACAGAAGGAGGAUCUUGUGGAUGGCACCGGCCAUCUUUGUGAUGGGGAUAUGGAGUACGUGUACGAGACCACUGAGAGCGGGGACAAGGUGGUGCUGGGAAAGGGGACGUACGGAGUGGUGUAUGCUGGGAGGGACCUCAGCAACCAAGUGCGCAUCGCCAUCAAGGAGAUCCCCGAGAAAGACUCCACGUACUCCCAGCCCCUCCACGAGGAGAUCGCUCUGCACAAGCGGCUGCAGCACCGGAACAUCGUCCAGUACCUGGGGUCCGUCAGCCAGGACGGCUUCAUCAAGAUCUUCAUGGAGGAGGUCCCCGGAGGUAGCCUGUCCUCUCUCCUGAGGUCUAAGUGGGGUCCGCUGAAGGACAACGAGGCCACCAUCAUUUUCUACACCAAGCAAGUCCUGGAGGGGCUGAAGUAUCUCCAUGACAACCAGAUAGUUCACAGAGACAUCAAGGGUGACAACGUGCUGAUAAACACUUACAGUGGAGUGCUGAAAAUCUCUGACUUUGGCACCUCCAAGAGACUGGCCGGCAUCAACCCCUGCACGGAGACCUUCACAGGAACCCUGCAGUACAUGGCCCCCGAGAUCAUCGACCAGGGUCCCCGUGGUUACGGGAAGCCGGCGGACAUUUGGUCGUUGGGGUGCACCAUCAUCGAGAUGGCGACGGGAAAACCCCCCUUUCAUGAGCUGGGGAGUCCCCAGGCGGCCAUGUUUAAGGUGGGCAUGUUUAAGAUCCACCCCAAGGUUCCGGAGUGCAUGUCGGAGGAGGCCAAGGAUUUCCUCAUGCGCUGCUUCGAACCCGACCCCGACAACCGGGCAACGGCCUCCGAGCUCCUCAAGCACUCCUUCCUCAAGUCCAGCAGCCGCAGGAAGGCGGCCAAGAUGGCCGCCGAGGUGCCGAAGGACGUCGCUUUGGGUGACUACCACAGGAGCCUGUCUGUACCCAUUGCCAUCACGGUGGAAGACACCAGCGAAGAAGAUAGCGUUGGAAUUGACCUCUUCUGCUCCCUGGACCUGAGGAGGACCAAUCCUGGCGUGCGACUGUGUGACAUCGCAGAGAGCCUGCCCACCAACAGCUUACUGUCGGUGCCAGAUGACCCCUCCCUCGAUAUGGGCAGCCCCUCCUCCACAGAUGAGAACCUGGGCCUCUUCCUCCUGAGGAAGGACAGCGAGAGACGGGCCACCCUGCACAGAGUCCUGACCGAAUACAUCAACACUGUGGUGUCCAACCUCAGGGAGAGCUUGCCGCAGCAGCAGCAAGAGGAGGAGGAGGGGCCCCGCCUCACGCCCGCGCACAUCGCGGAGCUGAUUGGCUGCCUGGGCGAGAACAUCCGCUCCCCGGACAGGAAGAACCUGACCAACAGCCUCCUGAAGCUGCGGUCCGCCCUGCAGUCCGCCGCAGUUCCCCUCGGCAGCCUGCAGGCGGUGCUCUUCAGCUUCCAAGACGCGGUAAAGAAGGUUCUGAGGCAGCAGCAAGUGAAGCCGCACUGGAUGUUUGCGCUGGAUAACCUUCUGAGGCAGGCCGUGCAGGACGCCAUCACUGUGCUGCUUCCAGAUCUGCGGGUCCAGCUGCAGUCUUCCUUCGAUACCGACGACCUGGAGACCAUACCGGAGAGGGCGUCCGGAGCAGAGGAUUCUGGGAGGAUGCCGUCCCUCGACGAGCAGGACCCCCAGCAGCCCGAGGAGGAAGAGGACGUGAUGACGCCGGUCGUGAGCACGGUCAGCUCGGGCAUCCUGAGCGACUUCCAGCUCAGCGUCUGCCCUGCUGUCGAGCAGCUGUUCUCCAUGCGUCAAGAAACCAACAGGUUACUGACCCAACUGAGUGAGAGGGAGGAGGAGUACCAAAAGCUGCUGAGGGAGUCCAUGUUGAAGAGACAGGACGAAAUCUCUACCCUCAGGGUCACAAGUGUGUCGAAACCCAUCGACAUUCCCGGAGCUUCCCCUCGGAGGGAAAAGGAUCCGGAAAGCUCGGCGAUCGCGCGCUGGUUAGAGAACAUUCCGGUGGAUGAAGACACCAUAGCGAGACUGCUGUCUCACAGGUUCACCCUGCCCAGCCUGCUCUACCUGGCCUGCAGAGAUGACCUCAAGUACUGUGGGCUCAGAGGCGGGAUGCUGUGCCGUGUCUGGGCCGCCAUCACGUCUGCGCGGGAGGCCUCCAACGGCUCCCAGGGUCCUCCCGGUGACAGUCGCCAAGACCGUGACCCGUGAACUCUGACACAUGACCUCUGACACGUUGCCCACGAGGUCAAUGCACCUAUACGACAAGGAUGAAGCGUUCAAGUGUCCUUAACUAAUGACUGCUCACCAACACGCGGAAUGCCAGACUUGGGUGUUGAUAGAUGUUGCCAGCUUCAUGAGGAAAGUGUUAAGCCUCGGUGACCUGCGCUAUUUGUACUGUGUCUGCGUGUGUGUGCGUGCGUGUGCGUGUGUGUGCGUGCGUGUGUGUGUGCAUGCGUGCG